AUGGCGCCUGCACGGAAAGACUCGACCAUUGCACUCUGCAAGAAGGUCAACACGCAGGGCAACACUGUUUCCAUCCGCAUGCUCGAGUAUCUCAGCUCGUCAAAGGAACCAGUCCAUGGAUUUCUAGCCUUAGCUAAUACAUUUCUCGAUCUCGUGCGUCUUGUUUGGACCAUUGAGGCAGGCAUUGAAGAGUCCUUCAAGACGCGCAAGACAUAUCCAGUCGAGAUCACUUCAGAGCUGGACGCUCGUUUCCGCCACAUCUACGAUGAGUUUAUCGUUCUGAGCCAGAUGGUCUCGAAGUUCAUCGACAACGACAAUGGCAAGGGCGGCUUGGGCAAACGCAUGCGCAUGAUGUUUGCCGACUCCGAGGUCGACAAGGUGCGCAUGGCGCUUCUGAAGAGCAUCGAGUCUUUGAAGAUGAGCUCUGCGAUAUUCCGGUGGACCCUAGGCGACGACCACGCCGAGGAGACAGUGGCGAUUGGAUAUGCGGGGCUGAUUGCUGCUCUCGAGCGCAACAACCCUUCCAAGCCACCUUCGGCACCACCUCAACGCGGGCUUCCACAGCCGCCGGCACAGGCGCAGCAGCCGGCGAAGAGCGAGCACACCCGGCCAGAGCCCCUCCUUCCACCUCCCAACCUCACGAGCAGAGCUUCACAUCCCGAUAUUCCGUCAAACGGGAACACCAACGGUCACUCGCACGAAGAGCUUCGGAUGUCUCCAGAUGCUCCUUUUGCACACAACGAGUGGAGAGCGUCAAGCAUACAAUCUGGUGGCUCGGUUCAAAAUGCCAUGCAUUCGAGCUCUGACAGGUCCUCCGAAGGACACGCCCACAAACAUUACGACGAACCCAACUACUCACGCAUGCCGAUGAGGGAACACAACAGCCACCUUAAUACCCCCGAGCAGCGUUUCCAAUACAGCGGCAACAUGGCGCACAGGCAGAUGGAAUCUCCCAUAAUACGGAGCAGCACGAUGCACCAUCCAGAACAUCGAUCACUCGGUGGUAAGGAAGGGGUCAUUGUGGCUGUCAGACAAGGACAGUACAGAGUGGUUGAGCAGCUGCUCGCUGGCGGUGUCAAGAUGGAUAGAAUCGAGUUCGCUAGCUUGCUACACACGUCUAUCGACAACAAGGACGCCGCUACUACCUCCAUCCUUCUACGGUUCGGCGCGGACGCUGAUGCCCCUGACACAGAUGGCACUUCUCCACUGUGUGCUGCCACCAAAGCCGCGUCUGUAGACUGUGCUCGCAUCCUCCUCAAACACGGCGCCGAUGCAAACUUCAAGGACAACGAAGGCACUACGGCGCUCUUCAAGGCUAUCCAGGCUGGCUCCGUUGAUAUCAUGACAGUACUCUUGGACAACGGAGCAAACCCCAACUUGCCGUGCCCCAAGCAUCCUCUCUGGCCGUCUUGCUACCACCCUGAGGCGCUCGGGCUCAUGCUCUCGCGUGGUGCUGACCACAAGCGGACUCCGGGUAUCAUGGAGCUGGCCGCAAGUCUCAAGAAGCUGAAGUCUGUGAAGAUCCUCAUCGAAGCUGGUGUUUCUCCCAAUGUCCGCAAAGAUGGUGCAUAUACGCCCCUUGCGUCCGCUAUCCGCGACAACAGCGCUGACAUUGUCACCUAUCUGCUCGACAACGGCGCAGACCCCAAUCUCAAAGCAGUUGAGUUCCCUACCUUCAAGUGCAUCACUCACAAGCGCACACAAUACCUGCCACAACUCGCUGCCGCAGGCGCAGACCUCCACACCCCAAAGGGCAUAAUUGAGACCGCCGUCUCCCACAAGGACAAGGACGCCAUCAUCUACCUCCUCGACCAAGGCGUGAACCCGAACGACCGCUGCCCCGACGGCGGCAACACUGCCCUCACAACCGCCAUUCGCGACAACAACCUCGAACUCGUCGACCUGCUGCUCAAUCACGGCGCCAACCCCGCCGUCCGCGGCCAAGACUGGCCCCUCUGCAUGGCCGUCCGCAACCCCGCGAUCCUGGAGCGCCUCCUGGCCUUCCCGGGCCUCAACCCGCGCGCCUUCCGCGGCGUCCUCGAAAUGGCCGUGCACGCCGGCCACCUCGAGAGCGUGAAGCUGCUGCUCAAAGCCGGCGUCAGCGUCGAAGACAAGAACUGCGGCGUGUUCUCGCCCCUGACGACCGCCAUCCGCGAGGGCCACAAGGCCAUCGUGCGCUACCUGCUCGACGAGGCGUAUGCGGACCCCAAUGCGCCGGGCGAGCAUCUGCCGCUCGUCAAGGCGCUGCGCAGCUACGACGGCUCGGAUGUAGAGGUCAUCCAGAUGCUGCUGAGCCGCGGCGCGGACAUCAACCGCAUGCACCGCGGGUGGAACGCGGUGCUGCAGGCGGUCGAGAACAGCGACGUGGAGAUCCUGGGGCUGCUGGUGAGUCUCGGCGGGCCGGUGGAUUUGCAGGCCGUGGACGAGACGGGGCGGCCUGUUAUUGAUAUCGUGGGGGACCGCGACUGGGAGGAGGGGCUGGCGCUGCUGUUUCCCAAGUCGUCGUCGCCGCCAAAGACCAAGUCGCCUUCGCCCAGGGGGCAGCCGUGA